AUGCAGCCCUCACUGAAUCCUGAUACAAAUAAACUAAGCAGCGAUAUCUUAAUUCUCAAUAAAUGGCUCCCUUUUUCUCAUUUCAAGCACGGUGACAUCAUCGCUUUACGUCCUCCAGAUAACCCAAACAAACUGGCUAUCAAGCGUAUCAUUGGUCUUUAUGGCGAUACCAUCAACGACUCUUACGUCGAUCGCGGCCAUUGCUAUGUCCAAGGAGACGAGACUUUUCACUCAAUUGAUAGCAGACAGUAUGGCCAGAUCAGCCUCGGUACUAUUAUCGGUAAAGGCAUUGCUAUAGUAUACCCCUUUGAUAGAUUACAAUGGCUGCAUUAG